GAAUAAGCAAAUAAAUUUCAAGAAACCAAAAAAAAUAAUUUUAAAAAAUAAAAUAAAACCAGACAUGGCAAGCAUGGGAUUUACUAGAGUUUUUGUUGGUGGAGCAUUCAGGCCUUUCAAGCAAAUAGCAAAUCGCCACCUGGCAACGGCAUUUAAAGAUGAGGCUCGUAGCACAGUUCAAAAGGGUGCAGAUGCAAUGAAACAGGGUGCUGAUGUUGCCAAAAGAGCCAGCCAAGAAGUGAAAAAUGAGACUGCCUCUGUUGCUGAUCAGGCGAUACGCAAGACGAAAGUAGUGGGAGAAAAGGUUGCAGACACAGCACAAGAGAUGGCUGGAAAAGCCAAAAACACAGCACAACAAACAUGGGAAUCAGUUAAAGAAACUACCCAAAAAGUGAAAGAUACUGUGAAGGGCAAAGCUGAAGAAUCCACAGAGGCUAUAAAAAAUAAUGUCAAUCAGGGAAUGAACUCCAAAAACUGAAUUUCAACUUCCUCUAUUUCAAAAACAGAGACAUUAUCUCUUAAUUUGUAAGAUUAAGACUUUUUUUUUUU